UCCAUAUAUAACCUUAGGUCUUUAACUCUUUAAUAUACAACUUGAUUAGGGGUGUUGUUAGGUGCACCUAGAACUAUUGUUGGUGCACCCAACAUUUUACAUGAAUGGGCAAAAAUGUUUCUGGCUUAAAUUUAAAAACAAAUAACGCGCACCCAUUGUUACGCUUCUUCUUCUUUGCUGUUGGUUUCCUUCGUCGCUCUCCUCCACACUUCUUCUUCUCCUCCUUUCAAUGCCAUUGACGACCUACAUUUUGGUGCUGCUCCACCGUUGAGAUCAUGGUUAGAACCAGAGGUUUAGGUCGUGUCCUAGAUAGGGUUAUAGGCAAAGUCCUGGGAGAGAGGAUCAUCAUGAUUCAGAUGAUGUUCCCCAGCGGUGAAGGCCUAUAGCAUCCGCACGUAGGCAACGGGAAGCUACCCCUGUUGCUGAGGAUGCUCCUGAUAUGACUGAGGACGUACCUACACCUGGUGCAGAAGCUGCUGAUGGUGGUGAGGGAUUUGCUGUUGAUGAUGCUCAGGGAUUCCCAGGUGGGUCACGUGACCCAUCAGUGCUGACUGAGUAUGGUGACCAUGUUGCACUUAGCAUAUGGAAUGGAGAGGAACUCCCUGAAUUGAAGUUAUCCUCCCAUGGAAGGAAAAUUGAGAAAUUUGGGAGGCUCGCUCCAGAAAUUGAAAGGCUAGUCGCUGCCACAGGAUUAACUCCUUCGAUCACAUGUUCAGUAGACACUGACGAUCGAGGAGUUAUAUCCGCUUUUGUCGAGAGGUGGCACAAGGAAACUAGCAGUUUCCAUCUCCCUGUAGGAGAGCUUAAUUACCAUCACACUGGAUGAUGUGGCGUCACUACUUCAUCUUCCAAUCAUAGGCGCCUUCGAUAGCUUCGAGCCUCUGCAUGUGGACGAAGCGGUGUUGAUGUUGGUGAAGUUGCUAGAAGUCUCGGGUGAGGAAGCUAGAGCUGAGGCUGCACAAUGUCAUGGGGCAUACGUACGCCUAUCGUGGCUACGAGAUAUUUAUCAUAGGAGAUGUGAGGCCCGACAUUGGACUGUUGCAGCUCGUGUGUAUCUCCUACACUUUUUAGGUUGCACUCUUUUUGCUAACAAGAGUGCAACACAUGUUCAUGUAGUAUUUUUAGACACUUUCCGAGACUUGACUCAGAGUGGAAGCUAUGCAUGGGGAGCUGCGCCCUAGUGCAUAUGUAUGAUCAUUUAAAUGAUGCUUGUAAGAGCGGCGGUUGACAGCUUACUGGUUACAUCACUUUAUUACAGUGUUGGAUAUAUGAGCAGUUUCCCACUAUUCAUGAAAGCGUGACUGAUCCAAAGUAUGAUGAGAUGUCACCACGUGCCUGUCGGUGGCUUACUACGAAGGCUUAUUCGAAGGGAUUCCCAGCAUUGACGUACCAGACACGUAUAAAUGCACUGACAAUCCUUGAUGUAUGUUGGAUGCCUUAUGGUGAGCAUCGAGGAGUUAGGGUGUUUGGCCUCAUUUCAUGCUUUUAGGGUGAGCUUAGAUGGGGUCUCGUUGUGGUCACACAUCGACCAGAGAGAGUGGUGCGACAAUUUGGAUAGUUCAGACCAUUCCUUCACUGCCUAUGGGUGCCAGCUUGUCAUUUGAAGAUAUUGACAACAAGUGGAUGCAUUACUUGGACCAUCUAGCAGCAGGGGGACAAAUUUGUCUUGUGCCUGGCCAGUGUGCACCAUAUUACAUGGACUGGUUCUUCAGGAUCUCUCAUCUGUUCAUCACACCCAUACAGGCAGCUGAUCCACCCAAACAUCCACUUGUCCCACAGCAUGACACAUACGUGGAGUCAGAUAUCCCUGAGGUCCCAAUGGCACCAGAAGCUGGACCUUCACAUGCACCUUCUGAUGCAGAGCAACCUAGACAUGCAGUGGAUGCGUGCCAAGCGAUCGCAAAAAGGUUGGAGCGUUUGCUCAACCUAAGGAUAGUCACUACAGGCACAGAGAUACAUGAGGUCAUGGAAGACUACAUCAGGAUCGCUAGGGGUAUCACAGUAGAUGGAAAUGCUUAUGUUAGGGCGCGACGAAGACGACGCACGGAUCAAUCAUAAAUGAUGUUUAUAAUUAUGUUGUAUUUGACAACAUUUUUGUUUUCCCUAACAUUUU